CAUAUCGAUUGUGCGCCCCCAAAUUCUCGAGCUAUGGGAGGCGCCAUAAUAUCUUUCUCGUGCUUGGUAGAUUGGGGGGGAUUCCGUGCUGUCCCGGAUCUGGAACAAGGAGCUUGAGGCUGGGCAUACUGCUCGAGGUGUUCUUGCUUUAAACUUAUUUUCGUUUUUAUGAGCCUCUUACAUAUAUCCUGGGAAGUCCAGGGCGAAAGCUAUACCGAUUCGAGCGGCUAAAUCCUCGCGAGUUCUCUUGUCGCCCAGACAGGAUCUUUGCUUUGAAAGUCUGCAAAAUAAUAUGGCGUUGAGUUCUUGGUUCUCCGGGACGAUUUCGAAGUUCUCACUCUCUUGAUCGUACGUGACACUUCGAAAUGAAUCAGCAGUCAAGGAGUAGAAAAAAAGGACCCCGAUUCCUGCUCGAAUCCCAAUGUGACUGCUGCUCAGCCACGAGAGAGCCGGAUGAGGAGGAAGCGAUGAGCGGACCAUGCGAGACGAAGACAUGCUCGGAGAAGGCAUCGGUGUUGAUCUGCUUGGUGCUCCACUCCAAGGUGUUGGCGUCCAAGGCAUAGAUGGUCUCGCCAGCGUCUUCAAAGCAAGAGAAAUAGAAAGCGCUGGGGCCGAUCGCGCUGGUGAAGACCUCCGGAUCGUCCAGCACAGGACCGCCGCCUGGUGUGUUUCCGUCGCCGAUUGCAGUCCACGAAGGCCGAUCGCAGCCAUUGCGGAUCGCCAGAAUGCCGCUCAGCCUCCUUCCCGCCUUGUCAUCGCUCGUGUCCAUCCAUUCUUCCGACUCCUGCGAGGCAGCAACCGCGACGAACACUCCGGGUCCCGGAUCCUUGUCACGGUAGGAGAUGCUGUUCGGGAUAGCCGGGAAGAGUCCGGCCAGGCAGCCGGAGGUCGGAGAGUAGAGCACUGCGAACCGAUUUGGGCGGAGCCACAAGAAGUUGUCCUGGUCCUUGAGACAGCACCCGGGAAGAGCGAUGGAGACAGUGGCCGCUUCCGACGCGUCCGGUCCUUCUUUUUCUUCGUCUCCGGCGACCAUUUCCAGCUUGUACCAGGAACGCAGUACCGGAUCAAACGCGAAGACACACUGGAAGCUUGGGCCGUGCACUUGCAUCCAGGUUUCACAGGGAUUCUUGGGCUUGAAGCUCGAGCUGCGGAGGAGCGACCGGAUUCGCCUGGAUACUCCGGAGAGUUUCGCCUGUGUCCCAAAGGAAGCGGACGAGAAAAUCUUGCGGAGAAUGUCUCGAGCUCCGGAGGCGAUGACGCUGACCAUGAAAUGCUGUGCGAGCCAAGCACCUUAGCAGCUUACUCAAGCAGUUAUCCAGAUGCUUCGUUCGACGAUCUCGACGCUGUGACAACGAAAGCAACUUGGUCGAUGCAAAACGAACACUCGACACUAUACUAUUAAGAAGACUUUCCUUGCCAGUCUGCUCGCGGCUCUGCCCAGUCUAUUUCCAGAAG